AUGAAGCUCGCAGAGUAUCUAUUCCAACGCCUCAGACAACUCGGAGUCGAGUCCAUCCAUGGAGUCCCUGGCGAUUAUAAUCUGUCACUGCUGGAUUUUGUUGAACCUGCAGGUCUCCGAUGGGUAGGCAACGUGAACGAGCUCAACGCUGCCUACGCUGCCGACGGCUACGCCAGAAUCAAGGGCAUCUCGGCCUUGAUCACGACCUUUGGUGUGGGCGAGUUGUCUGCAAUCAAUGCUAUUGCAGGAGCCUAUACAGAGCGAGCGCCCGUCAUUCACAUUGUCGGCAUCCCAGAGAGGGCUUCUCACGAGUCUCGACUCUUGAUCCACCACACAUUCAAUGACGGCGAAUAUCAACGCUUUGCACAGAUGCACGCCCACGCCACUGUUGCGCAGACUAGACUUUGGGACGCUCACACCAGCCCGCAGCAGAUUGAUAAUGUUCUACGACAAUGCCUGCUACACAGUCGACCCGUAUACCUUGAGGUUCCUGUCGACCUCGUCACGGCCAUUGUCCCAGCCGAUAGCCUCCAGUUCCCCUUGGAUCUUCUCGAGACUUCGUUGGGAACUCGUGAAGAAGCUGUCCUAGCAGAGGUCCACGACAGAAUACGCUCCGCCAAGCAACCUCUCAUCCUCGUUGACGGUGAAGUCCGACCCAUGGGCGUUGUUGCCCAAGUACAAGAACUGGUAGACAGCACUGGGUGGCCAACCUGGACCACUCCGUUUGGAAAAGGUCUCUUGAAUGAAACCGUUCCAAACUUUCACGGGAUCUACCAAGGCACAUACAACCAAGCCAAAGUCCGUGAGUUUCAUGAUACAGCAGAUCUCGUACUGUGUUUCGGCCCUCAUUGGAGUUCGAGCAAUUCUUAUGGCUACUCGAGCAUUCCAAAGUCCGAGAUCGCCAUCGUCUUUACUGAUAAUGCGAUUCAUCUCAACGGCCACAAGUACCGAGACAUCUCGGUAAAGGCUGUGCUGCAACAUAUUUUACAGAGUCUCUCACAGAGCUCUGCCCAUGCAUACCACAAGUACCCCGAGCUGCCGUGCGACUACAAGCUUCCAGUGCCGGAUAUCGCAGAAACUCAGUUAUUGGCCCAAGAUCGACUUUGGCGCGUGCUGGCCAACAUUCUCCGCCCUGGCGAUAUCCUACUUGGAGAAACCGGAACAGCAGGAUAUGGUGUACGGGUCAUGCCUCUACCAAAGCACGCACGAGUCUUCACUCCCGUGACCUGGUUGUCCAUUGGUUACAUGCUGCCAGCGGCCCAGGGCGCAGCACUGGCACAGAGGGAGCUGAUCGAGUCCUCCAACUAUUUCGGCCUGACGCGCGGGCGCACCAUCUUGAUCAUUGGAGACGGCAGCUUCCAAAUGACGGUGCAAGAACUGUCCACCAUUGUCCGACACGAUUUGAACGUGCUCAUUAUUCUGAUCAAUAAUGACGGGUACACGAUUGAGAGAUGCAUUCACGGCCGCAAGCAAGGCUACAAUGAUGUUGGACGGUGGCGUUAUCUACUCGCACCCAGCUUGUUUGGAGCGCCCGACGGUACGUAUCUCGGCUCCGCCAGGACAUUUGGAGAGCUGAGUCGUGUCAUGGUUGAUGUGGAAGCCCGCAAUGAGACGGGCUUGGCCAUGGUGGAGCUAUUCUUGGAUCGUGAAGAUGCCCCGGCGGGACCUCUGAGGCACUAUCUGGAAGCUCAGAGAAGCAAGGAGCAGAAAUGA